AUGGCGUUCCUUCUGUACCUGACACUUCUGACAACAGCCGUCAUCACUCAGGUGACCGCUGGCUGCCCUGCUGUGUGUGUGUGCCCUGCAGAGCCUCCGGUGUGUCCGCCAGGGGUGAGCGCCGUGCCAGAUGGGUGUGGGUGCUGCAAGGUGUGUGCUGCACAGCUGAACCAAGACUGUAGCCCCAUGAUGCCGUGCGACCACCACAAGGGUCUGGAGUGUAAUUACGGCAAUGAUGUGACCAUGGCCUGGGGCAUCUGUCGAGCAAAAUUGGAGGGACGCACAUGCGAGUACAACGGCAGGAUCUACCAGAAUGGCGAGAGCUUUCACGCCGGCUGCAAACACCAGUGUACCUGCAUUGACGGCGCAGUCGGCUGCGCUCCUCUCUGUGACAACCGGCUGCCAGCAGCCUCACCCUCUUGCCCUUACCCACGACUGGUCAGGGUGCCAGGGCAGUGCUGCUUCAGUGUUGACUGCCAUAAGGGCAUCUGGCGUCUCCCACCUAAACAUCAGGUGCCUCCACCACAGAAACACCGUCCCAGACCUCAUCCUGUCCCACAUCAGCCUGGGAACGACCUGCUGCUGGGGAACGAGCUGAUGGACAGCAAGCCCAGCGGCUGGGAGAAUGAACACGGCUACAAACACUUGCCUGUGUGGAACGACCUGAAGGAGAAGUGUGCGGUCCAGACCACUGACUGGUCCCAGUGCUCCCGCAGCUGUGGGAUGGGCGUGUCUUCCCGUAUCACCAACAAAAACCCUCAGUGCAAGCUGGAGAGAGAGACAAGAAUAUGUACCGUGCGGCCAUGCGACGGACUAACCAUCCCAGCCAAGAAAGGAAAGAAGUGCUCCCCAACACACAAAGCCCCAGAGCCCAUCCGCCUGUCCUACGGUGAAUGCCUGAGUGUCCGUCUCUACCGGCCCAACUACUGCGGUGUGUGUACAGAUGGCCGGUGCUGCACGCCACGCCGCACCCGCACCGUACCCGUGACCUUUGUUUGCCCGGAUGGCGAGCGCUUCCAGAAGUCAGCCAUGUUCAUCCAGUCAUGUAAAUGCAGGGAUGACUGUAGCCAUCUCAAUGAAGCCGCCCUCCCACCACAGCACUGGAUGUAUGGAGACACUCACAAAUUCACUGACGAGUAG